GAGAUUAUUCAUUGGAUAUACGAGAAGUGACUUUGGACGACGAUGCUUCAUACCAGUGCCAAGUCAGCUCUGGCCCGAGAGGGGAGCCACCAAUUCGAUCACGUUAUGCGCGGCUGACAGUUCUCGUACCACCAGAGCCUCCGAGAAUACUCCAAGGUUCUAUACUACAAGCGAUAGAAGAUCAAGAAAUCGAUUUGGAAUGUAUUUCUAUUGGAGGGAAACCAGCAGCAGAGAUCACUUGGGUGGAUCACGACGGUGGCGUUUUGACUCAAGGCGUCACGUACACAGUGGAGCAGAUGUCAGACGGCCGGAGGUUCACUGCACGAUCUGUGCUACAUCUCCGUCCAAGAAGAAACCACCACAAUCAGACUUUUACAUGCCAAGCACAAAACACAGCUGAUCGCGCCUACAGAGCUGCUAAUAUCAAACUACAGGUACAAUACGCGCCGAGGGUAAGAAUAUUUAUCAAGUCUAGUAUGAAAAACGGUAGAAUACAGGAAGGAGACACAUUGGUUUUAGGUUGUCAAGCAGCGGCAAAUCCUAACAACCUCACUUAUAAAUGGUUCGUGAACAGCGAUCAAAUAAUUGGGAAUGUUAACAAUGAAAUUGUGAUAUCAAAUGUGACACGCAAAUAUAACGAGGCUUCUGUGAAAUGCGAAGUGCACAAUGUUGUUGGCAAAAGCGCCGAUUCCAAAACCUUGGAAGUUGCAUAUGGACCCAAGUUCAAAGUAAAACCACAGGAUGUAGAAGGUGAUUCAGGGUCCAUAGCGACUUUGAAUUGCAUCGUUGAUGGGCAUCCACAACCUAAGAUCACGUGGCUUCGAUACGAGCACGAGAGAGUUAUUCGAGUGGGCAAGACAUCAAAUUUGACCAUGACGGUAACCAAACAGUCAGCUGGUCAGUAUUGGUGUAGAGCUAGUGUCGAAGGCUAUCAGGACAUUGAAGCACCCGCGAUGGUGUUUGUGAAAGGUCCACCGAGAAUUGUCUCAAAUAAAACUCAAUAUGGCGUUGAGGGGAACAGCGUUAGGAUAGAAUGCAUAUCGUUCUCAGUACCAAAGCCAGACUUUGUGAUUUGGACCUUUGGUGGACAUGAACUCAACUCGUUUCACAACCAUGAAUAUACUUUUUUGGAGGAAACUUUAACGGAUCGUAUGACAAAAUCUACUUUGAUCAUACACGAGAGUCAAUCAAAACAUUUCGGCACUUACAACUGUAGUGUGUCCAACUCUUAUGGUACUGAUAGUAUUGAAAUCCAAUUGAUACCUGACAAAUCAUUCAACCUUUUCAUCAUAUGUGGUGUAGCUGCAGUAGUAAUUAUAAUUUUAGUUGUCGUGCUAUUCACAAUGUUGUGUCAACGUAAAUCGAAUAAGACCGAUGUAAAAAAACCCGACAUUACCGACGUCGGGAAGACAUGUGUCGACCAAUUCAAGGAUAGCGAGCGUAGUUCCAAUAUAAGUGAUUUGAAGAUGGAGUUGCGACACAUUGAAGGGAGCUGUGAUGUGGAUAAUUCUAAUCAUGGAUCAGAAGCUGAGUUACAUUCAAGUCUUCACCUGACUACAAACCUAGGUCUACCGCUAGCUGGACCAGUACCGUUACCUGAAUCUGGCUUCGACAAUGAACUGAUGAAGCAGUACCAGCGAUAUAGUGGAGACUUUAAUCAACCACUCGGAAAUAUACAUAUAAAGGCUCAAGGUCAGAGUAACGGCUACGUUCCAUACGUUGACUAUGCACGUGACUAUGCGCCACCGCUACAGUCUAGUGACUCCUUGUCGGGGUCUUUAUCAAGGAGUACUGACGAAUCAGCAUACUUAAGCCAUUGCGGUUCUCUGCGACGUCAGAGCAGCAGUGGGAGGUUAGGAGGAUUAGUGGGCCCUGACCUCAUACCAAUGGGAAAUCCUGGUGUUGUACUCAGCGGAGGUGUCGAUGUAAGAUACGCGGCUACGUACAGGAAUCCGUAUUUAAGAGGCAGUGGACCUAUUGCUUAUGCGUCCCAUGGCAAUACAGGACCUACAGCGAAACCUGCGCCGCCACCAUAUUAUACCCUAAGAAGUACUAAUCAUCCUCCACUUGUUGGCGUGACAUCACCAUCGUCGUCAUCAUCGUCAAGAUUGGUGACAAGUCCUCUAGCGUCCUCGUCUUCUACGAACAGUGGCGCUCAACCACAAGUUCCUAAAGCUUCGCCACAAUCAUCAGCUCUUUAUAUUCUCCCACCGUCCAGUCAAGGAAAUCUUCAGUCUAGCCAAAUAACUACCAAAGGUAAUGGAUCCCAUUUGGCAGCCGGUACUCACGUAUAA